GCUAAACUGACAUCAGCACAAAAAAUGAUCUCAAACGGACGUUGCGUCCUCAACCAAUGGCAAUGCAGAACUGGCUUUCAAUUAAAAUCCUCGUACCCAAUGACGGGGUUUGAGUCACCGAAGCAAACUGCGGGUACGAAGAAAAGGAACGCACCGGAUUGAGAACUCAAAAGCCCAAGAUCAGUCUUUUGCAGAGCACCUAAGAACCCAAACUAGGCGUGGAUACUAUUCCAUUUCUUAACGAACCCAGAUGUACAUUCCAUAGUUUUAUCUUCAAUUGUGUGUUUUUUUCUUCAACCGGAGCGACGAAGUCAGACCGAUUCGCAGCUUGUGCUUGGGGCAAUCGAUAUGUCUUUGUAUAUUGGUAAUCUAUCAGCUGAGACUCGGAGAGAUGAACUUGAAAAUGUUUUCCGAAGGUUUGGGCGCUGCAGUGUACAGCUUAAGAAAGAUGGAUAUGGGUUUGUAGUAUUUGACUUCCGUUUGGAUGCAGAGAAAGCUUUGAGAGCACUACAGGGCAGGAACAUCUGUGGUGAGCCAUUGACUCUUACAUGGUCUAAUAAACAGCCUCGACCAUUUCAAAGAUUUGGAAGAGGUGCUAGAUCACACGAGUCACAACAUAGAAGGAAUGCUGCGAGAGGAGAUUAUGCUAGUGUAGAAAGUGGUCCAAAUGUUUGGAGAGAGAAAAAACUGGGCAUUGGACAACAAGUUACUGAUGGUGGAAGGCAUAAUUCUGCUGACAUGCUUGAUGAUGAGACAGGCUACCAUCAAGACAACACAAAAAAUAUUGAGGAAGAAUGCAAAUCUUUGCAUGAUGAAGGUGGUAGUGUCAUAGCCAACCAAGUGGACAACGAUAGAUGGGAUGGGCAAGCUUUUGAUCCCUCAAAUGAUGAUGGGGUUGAAAAUGGAAUAGGACUUGACCGGUAUGAACCUUAUUAUGGUUAUGACAGAAAAGGCAAAAGUGAGAACCCAAAGAUUGAAUAUGCAGGUGGGUCUCCGGUCUUGAGGAGUUCUCGUGAUAAUUUAGAGAAGGAGCAGAUUGGUGCUGCCGCUUUGAACUAUACUAAUGAUUCUAAACCUCGUCAGACUUGCUAUAAUUGUGGGGGUUUUGGUCACAAAAUGCAUAAUUGUCCCAAAGAACGUGCCUCAGGAAGAAAGUCCACUAGGUUAGAUUGUAGGCAGGAUGAUGAUGUCAAUAAAAGUGGCAGAGGCAAAGUAGAGCUGGAUAGAUUUGGAUCCAAAUCAAGGGGAAAGCUGCACUCGAGUAGGGAUAAUAUGUCAGCAAGGCAACCCACAAAUAGUAGGAGAGCAUCUGGUUCAAGAUACUAUUGGAAGUUGAUAAAAAGUGGAAGCUCCCCUGUAACAGAGGAAAGUGAUAGGGAGCAUAGAAGGGGCCGUGGAGGAAAGAAGAGAAGGAGGGAAAUUGGAAGUCCAGCAGAAAGUAAUCCAAAGAAUGCGCAGAGGUCAAUUUUAUCUUCUCACCAUUCUGAAUAUACCACAUCCAGAUCACACUCAACUUUCCAACCAUCGAACUCUGUGCCAAAGUCGAUUAGAUGUAGAUCUGCAUCUCCUAGAGAAAAUUCCUUGUCUUCUAAUUCAAAGUCCAGUUCAAGAUCACACAAUUAUGGAUCUAGAAGUAGCAAUUCUAGGUCGAGCUCAAGCUCGCCAACAUCCUUGGCUCUGUCACCAUCCUCUCCGAAUAAGAUGAUGUUGAAUCUGAAAGGCUCUAUUUGUAAUUCUACUCCUGAAUCCAUGGACAUUUCAGUUAAACAGGGAAAACCAAUAGACAGUAUUGCUCGUUUGGAGAAUUCUAAACUUGACAAGAAAAUGAUGAUGGUUGAUAAUGAAAAUGUACCAUCAUCCUCUAAAGUGGAACAUGACUUGGAAAAGGACCAUCCCUUGGAGAGGGAUGACAAUGGCAACCAUAUUGUGUCUGGAUCAUCAUAUGAAGCAACAAAUCCUAGUGCAUUGCUGUCGGAUAAAGGUGCUCUUACUGCUGGGUGUUCAGCUACCGAGAGUUUGGGAGAGAUGGUGGAAUUUCAAAAUUCUGGUGCAUCAGAAAUGGAGCAUAUGCUGGCUCUAAUCGAGAAAUCAGAUUCAAAAACGUUUGCCAAUUCCCAGAAGGGCUGUAGCAUAUCCUCAGAAGAGAUGUACAUGGUUCUGAAGCAUUAUGGCCUUGAAGUCCCAGAAGAAAAUGAAAGGCAUCCAUCCAUAGAGGCAUACUUUGGUUCUGCUCGCUUAUGGCCUUGGGGAAUCAUCUACUACAGGAGCAUGAAAAAGGGGCCUAUUUCCGUUGAGAACUAUGCCAGGCGGGUUGCUCAGAAUAAAGAAUUUGGUAUUGUAGACAAGUAUAUCAGAAGCAGCAGUGGAUGGGGAGAAAUGGAUAAAGACAACUCUUGAAUGCUUUUAUCAGUUAAUAAUGCUGAGUUAAUUUUUGUCCUUGUAGACCCUGAGAUCUAUCUGCAUUUAAUAACAAUUUUGGGGUUCACUUGCGA